GAAUUGUCAAAGCAAAAUAAAAUAUUUCUAAAAAGAAUUAAUAGUAAAAAUAUAUCAAAUUAAUUUAUUUUCACUUUAACGCAAUAAAAAGCACCAAUAACAUAAGUGAACAAAGAAACCACCGUUAUCAGUACAUCUCCCUACCUGGUGCAUAUGUGCUAAAAUUUGCAUCAUGAGUAGUGACGGCGGUAUUGAAGCUGUUAUGGAUUGGCAAAGAAUUGAGACAAAAAAGACAAACAAAUGGCCUAUUUACAGCUCACCAAACGUUUCAAAGAAAAAACUAUUGUUAGACCCAACACCUGGAACGUCCAACAAUUCAAAUCGAUUUGCGAUUCUUGAUAGCAGAGUGGACACAGAGGAGGAUAAAGAGGAAACUGGAAAUGCUGAAAAGAAAACACAAAAAUACAAAGUUGAAUCAACUGAGCGAAAUACUACUCCCAAGCCUCCGCCAAUAAUACUGGCUAACAUAAUUCUUUUCCAAGAAAUGAUGUCAUCCAUCUACGAAUCGGAUGAGUUUCAGCAGCCAUUUUCAGGACCGCCAUUUUGAAAAAAAAAAUAAAAAAAAAAAAUUUUCAAGUAAUUUAAAAAUUUUUUCAUAUGUAAA